AUCUUGAAGAAAAUUAGGGUUCUAGUGAUGACUUCCCCGAAGGAGGAAGCGUCAGAAGAUGGAGGAGAGAAUCUGCGAUGAUAGAGAUUCGGAUAAUUCGGAAGACGGCACACCGGAAGAAAUUCAACUGUUCUAUGAUGAGUGGGAUAAAAGCCAGGGUUUUGAAAUCGACUUCUCCAAACUUAACUUCUGUUUCGAUUGGAAACCAUUGGAUCUUGACGACAGCACAAUGGUUGACGAGCCUCAAACCAACAGAGAUUUUAUCGCCAUGUUGUCCAAUCGGGCUCUCACCAAGCACAACGCAGACAAUGGAACUAGUCUGGAAUUGGGCAAGGUUUUGAGGGCAAACUUUCAUCCAUCUGCUGGAAUUACUUUCUACAUCUCUUUCCAAGUCAAUGAUCCGUCUGUUGUUAAUCGUCAGACAAAGCCCUAUCGAGCUAUGGUUCGCUACUUAGCUGGAGAUAUUGAAAAUGAGAGAUCCGAACUUCCUUCUCCUAAGACGCUGAAGUUAGAGGAGCCAGCCAACGAUGAACCUCAGUUCCCUAAUUAUGAUUCGGAUGAUUGGGAAACUUUGUCAGAUGAUUUUCGCCUGUUAGAUGAAGAGUGGGGCAAGACCGGGGGUUUUGAUGUGGACUUCUCGAAACUGCGUCACACAUUCGGUUGCGGAGCUGUGAAUCUCGACGACUCUAACAUGGUUAGCGAGCCUCAUGAAACCAACAGAGAUUUGCUCAACAGGUUGUCCAACAUGGCUAUCUCCUACUACAACGAAAACACGGGGAUAAAACUGGAACUUGUCAAGGUUUUGAGAGCAAAUUUUCACCCAUCUGCUGCAAUCACGCUCUAUAUCACGUUCGAAGCCAAUGAUCCUUCUGAUGUUAACCAGACAAAACGUUACCAGGCAGUGGUUCUCUACUUGUCCUUUGAUAUCCAAGUUCCGAAACGGAAUAACAUUCCAAAACUGAGCUCAGUUAGAGCUUCUGUUCACGGAAAAGACGUAGCUGAUACCGUGACUCAACUUAAUGGGAGCUACAUGCGAGGACGCAAAUUAGCUGUUUGGGUGACUGCCAAACCGGAAAUACCUAUACGCCUCAUUCGCCGCCGCGUCAAUUUCAGUAAACCUAUUCCUCCUCUCCAAGAUCCUUCUGCCAUGGAUGCAGCCAUUCCAAAAAGCAGGAGUGAAAGCUCCAUGGCCCCAUCUGAAUCUGCUAAGAAGAAAGAGAAGAUAAGUGAGGAAGCUACAGUGGAGUAUAAAGCCAUUUCUACUAGUGUUGAGAAGCAAACGCCUGACCCAGAUGAGCUCAAUGUUGACGACUUGUGUAUGGGCAACCCCAAUGGCAAGAAAGCUGGUCCUGGCAAAAGGGUUACUGUCCAUUAUACUGGAAAGCUUCAUGAAAAUGGGAAGAUUUUCGAUUCCACUGUUGGAAAAUCUCCUUAUAAGUUUCGUCUAGGUGUUGGAAAAGUCAUUAAGGGAUUGGAUGUUGGUGUUAAUGGAAUGUAUGUUGGUGGCAAAAGAAAGCUUACCAUUCCUCCAGCAUUCGGGUAUGGUAGGUAUGGUGCGGAAGUUGCUGGUACCAAGAUUCCUCCUGACGCUUGGCUGGUGUUUGAUGUCGAACUGCUUAAUGUUCGUUAAAACUUCUCUCCAAGGAAAGCUUUCCUAUGAUUUGAUGAGGUUUUUUAGGUGUGUUUUUACCUUUGUGAGUUUUCUUGCUUUAUUGUCCUGACCUUUUUUAGAUGUGGCAUGAGAUACUUUUGAAUUAACAAACAAACGACAAAAUACUUC